AUGAUACGUAAAUUGGAAAUAAUGCCAAAUGAAAUAUUUCUUAAUAUAUUUGGUUAUUUAUCAUGGGAUAAACUGUUAAUAUCAUUAUGGUCAUUAAAUAAACGUAUUAAUUCUCUUAUUUGUUUAAUAUUUUCGAAGAAGAAUAAUGGAAUUAUUUUUAAUCAAACAGAUUUAUCUUAUAAAACAUUUUCAUUAAUAAUAUUUCCACUGAUUUUAAAUUCAUCAUCGCUUUCUUCUGCUAUUAAAUAUAUUUAUUUUGAUGGAAUUAAUUCAAAUUCUUACAAACUUAUUUCACAAUCUCUUUUUCAUAAUAGUAUUAAUAAUAUUCUUUAUUUUCCUAAUUUAAAAUCACUUAAGAUUACCCGAUGUUUAUUAUCGGAAUCAUUAAUUAAAACAUUAUCUUUACUUAUUCAAUAUCAAUUGGAUCAACUUACAUUGUCAUUAGAUGAACACAUACUCGAAUUUAUUCGACAACCAGAAGUACUAUGUAGAUUUCCUGUUCAUAAAAGAAAAUUAAUGGUGAUGUUUAAAAAGCUCAUUAAUCAACUGUUUUCUGAUGACUGUCGACUAACGGUACUUCGACUUGAUAUUGCCGAUGAUGAAUUGUAUAGUAAUAUUCAUCAAUGUCUAAUAUUGUCUUCACAUCCUUCUACAAGUUCAAUGUCUAAUAAAAUUCAACAUAGUUGUUUGACACUUCGUUCUUUAUAUAUUCGUCUUGAAUAUACAUGUUUUCUUGAACAUCUUAUUGAACGAAUUCCCAAUAUUGAACGAUUGUCAGUUAUUUUUAAAGAAUCAAUGAACAUCGAACCUCGAUCGAAGUCAGAUAUUGAAAUAUUAAUGAACUCAAAUGGAAACUGGUUUGAAAAGGUACCAAAAUUGAAUUAUUUUACUUUAAAAACAUUAAUUAAAAAUGAUUUUGACUUGAUCUAUUUGAAAUGGAUUCUUAAUAAUCUUAAUCAUACCAGAAAAUUGAAACUUCAUCUUCAAAUUAAUAAAAUCUAUUCAUUCUCAGAUUCAGUAGCUAAAGAAUACGUUGUUGAUGCAAAUUUUAUUCGUCAAUAUUGUUUACCUGAUAUAAUAACAAAUAUAAAAGAUUUUUGCUUUUAUAUUGCUUCUCGAUGCCUAUUAUUAUCGUAUCAGAUUGAAAAAAUAAUAAAUUCAUUUAAAAUCGAUGAAUUUUUUAUUUCACGUCAUUUGACAAAUGUAACUUGUUUCUUUAAUCCAUUUAAUUCAUAUCAACAUCUUUCUUCUAACAUUGUUAAUAAACUUCAAUUUAUGAAUGGUUUAGUUUUUCAUCCAAAUAUUUUUACGUGGCCACAUAUUCAAGAUGUUUCCAUUGAUUUACAUCCAUCUCUUUUUUUAUUGCUUGAACGAUUUGAUGAAAUAUUUCCUAAUGUUUCUAACAUUCAAGUUUAUACAGGUUAA